GCGUCGGCCCCAACAUCCGGUUUACAUCCGGCUUUUCACAGUGGCUUUUUGCCGCUCUCUAGUUUAAGUCUGAAACCAUGAAGCUCGUCACCUGGAAUAUUAACGGCAUCAGGACGUUUAAAAGCGGGAUAAAAAUGGCUCUUGAUAGCUUGGACGCAGAUAUAAUUUGUGUUCAGGAGACAAAAGUCACAAGAGACCUGCUGGAUGAACGGACGGCUAUUGUUGACGGCUACAACUCGUAUUUCAGCUACAGUCGAGGACGCAGCGGUUAUUCAGGUGUUGCGACUUACUGCAGGGAUAAUGCCACUCCUUCUGCUGCUGAAGAGGGACUCACAGGCCUGCUCACCAACCAUGAAGGAGCUGUUGGAUGCUAUGGUGACCACCGUGACUUUUCAAGUGAAGAGCUGCAGCUUUUGGAUAAUGAGGGGCGAGCCGUCAUCACGCAGCACAAAAUAAUGUGUCAAGACACAGAGCAGACUGUUACUGUAAUAAAUGUCUACUGUCCACGCGCUGACCCUGACAAGCCGGAGCGAAAGCAGUUCAAGCUGCAGUUCUACAAGCUGCUUCAGUGUCGGGCCGAAGCGUUAUUAGAAGGUGGGAGCCAUGUUGUCGUUUUAGGAGAUGUGAAUACUUCUCAUCAGCAGAUAGACCACUGUGACCCAAUAAAUAUUGAGGAUUUUGCUGAGAAUCCUGGGAGGAAAUGGCUAAAUAGCUUUUUGUACAGUAGCGUCCAAGAAGAGGAAGAGGAGGAACAUCAUAAAAAAUCAGAGACAACAGAUUGUGUCCAAAUGGGAAAAUUUAUAGACAUCUUCCGCUACUUUCACCCAACUCGUACCAACGCAUUCACCUGUUGGUCCACUCUCACUGGAGCCCGACAGACUAACUACGGCACUCGUAUAGAUUAUAUAUUUGCGGACCACCGGCUGGCCCAGGAGCAGUUUUCGGGGGCAGACAUUAUGCCGGAGGUGGAGGGCUCCGAUCACUGUCCCGUUUGGGCUCACCUGAAAUGUUCGCUUCUUCCUUGCUCCAAACCUCCUCCCCUCUGCACUCGCUACCUGCCUGAGUUUGCCGGCAAGCAGCAGAAACUCUCUCGCUUCCUGGUGAAGGUGGACCAAAAGUCGAAGGAAGCUUUACCUGGAUCCCAGGAAGAGGAGGAAAAGAGGGAGAACAUGAACCCGUUUGGUGGCGAUAGUAAAAAACGACCAUCAGCGUCAGAAUCUGCUGCCCCAAAGGGGAAAAAGUCAAAGACAACAAAUACCUCCUCAAAGCCACAGGGUAACCUCCUUUCUUUUUUCAAACCCAAACUCACAGAUGUUAAACCGUGUGAAAACACACCUGGUCUGAACCAAUUUACCUCAUCGCACAGCAAGUCAAAGGCAUCCGCGACCAGUGAACUGCGUUCAGGAACGGGCGGCACGACUGAACACACUGAGCUUGUUGUUGACGCUCCGUCCCAGCUGUGCACCAGCAGUGCCGCAGGAGAAACGGGCAGCGCGGUGAAGGCCAAACAGCCGGCCUCUCGGCUCCCUGAGGGGCAAUCAGAUGUCAAGAAGGGGGCAUCAUCUGUGUUUUGGAAGUCUGUGCUUCACGGCCCGCCCUCGGCCCCCUGCUGCAAGGUGCACAGGGAGCCCUGUGUGCUCCGUACUGUGAGAAAAGACGGCCCAAACAUGGGCAAACAGUUCUUUGUGUGUGGACGGCCUCAGGGACACGCUUCCAACCCCGAGGCGCGCUGCAACUUCUUCAUGUGGGUAGAAAAAGGAAAGUAAUACAUUUUCUGUUGCAAUACAUUUUCUGUUGCACGACUGUUGAAACGCCAUCACACACACACGCCUCUUCAUUUCACUAUUUUUAUAAACUUUUUUUUUGUCUGACUUAAAAAUAAAAUAGUUUUAUAUUCUGA